GGCUUCUGCGAGAGCGCGUGGGCGUCAGAGGCUGUCCGUCCGCUGUGGGACGAGGAGGGCGGCCUUUGGGGUCGCUGCCGGCGUGACGUCUCCUGGCGCAUGUGACGUCACCAGCGACGGCGGCCCUCCACAGGUGCCCACUCGCCGCGCAAAGCAGCACACUGUUCGCCGAGCUGCCGUCGCAGGCGCACACAUCUCUCGCUCCCGCAACUACACUGACAGAGACGUAAGAUGGGAUUCACACAGAGACCGUGGACGCCGACCAAGCGGAGAGGACCCAUCGCUGCUGAGCACAACAGUCCUGGACCGGCCUGCGUCGCCCUCAGGACCACUAUCGGAAAUGUUGCUCACGACUCAAAGAAAGGCAGAGCGCCCGCCUUCAGUUUCGGUGGCAGGCACAACAACAAAAACGACAGCCCCGGCCCUGGCCCAGGACAAUACAAUGUGACCGGCCUGAGUGCCAAAGCAGGCAAGGACACGCCGCCCGCAUCGACCCUGCACGGUCGCCCGAAAGACCCCAAGUCCGACUCGACACCCGCCCCUGGAGACUACAGCCCUGAGAAGAGCGACAAGGCGUUGCACGACAUGGCGCCGAAAUACACUUUCGGAAUGAAGACGCAGAAUGAAAAGCCCAGUUCCACUCCAGCCCCUGGCGCAUACAGUCCUGAAAAGAGCGUGGAUGCUCUUAAGGACUCGCCAAAGUACUCGUUCGGUCUGAAGCCCCAUUCGGAAAAGCCCAAAGACACGCCUGCCCCUGGAACUUACAGUCCCGAAAAAGGCGUCGACACCCACGACUCGGCCCCCAAAUACAGUUUUGGCCUCAAACAUGCUCCUGAAAAGCCCAGUAACACACCAGCGCCUGGCACAUACAGCCCAGAGAAAAAUCGGGACGCACUUACGGACACUCCGAGGUACUCGUUUGGCCUCAAAAAUCAGGUUGAGAAGCCCAGCAACACCCCAGCCCCUGGCACAUAUUCUCCUGAGAAGAACGUUGACGCCCUGAAAGACACCCCAAUGUAUUCGUUUGGCCUGAAGCCGCAGCUAGAGAAACCUAGCAACACCCCUGCCCCUGGAACCUAUUGCCCUGAGAAAAGCAUGGAUGCCCUGAAAGACACUCCCAAAUAUACCUUUGGAGUCAAGCACCAGUUGGAAAAACCUAGCAACAACCCUGCCCCUGGAUGCUACUCUCCUGAGAAAAAUAUGGAUGCACUAAAAGAUACUCCCAAGUAUUCCUUUGGCCUCAAGCCCCAUCCAGAUAAACCCAGCAACACGCCUGCCCCUGGAGCUUACAGUCCUGAAAAGAACAUGGACUCUCUCACAGAUACUCCUAGAUACACAUUUGGUCUCAAGCCGCAGUUGGAGAAACCGAGCACAACCCCUGCUCCCGGGACAUAUAGCCCUGAGAAAAAUGUAGACGCACUCACGGACACUCCCAAAUACUCGUUUGGUCUCAAGCCCAAUCUCGACAAACCCAAUAACAUACCUGCCCCUUGCGCUUACAGCCCUGAGAAGAGCAUUGACGCUAUGGACAGCACUCCCAAGUACACCUUUGGAUUAAAGCCCGAUCUGAACAAACCCAACAAUUAUCCUGGUACACCGCCUAAUCAAAAACACUUUUCUUUUGUAUUUAUGUUCCGUUUUUCCCCUUUGUUAAAAGCUCCUGGCACAUAUUCUCCUGAAAAGAACAUUGAUGCCCUUACAGACACGCCUAGAUACACGUUUGGAUUGAGGCCUGACCUGAAUAAACCCAACAACAUUCCUGCCCCUGGCACUUAUUCCCCCGAAAAGAACAUGGACGCUCUCACAGACACGCCUAGAUACACUUUCGGCUUGAAACCUGAGAACAAAAUCAAGAGCGAUACCCCUGCCCCUGGAACGUAUAGCCCCGAGAAAGUGGACGAGGUUUACGACUCCACGCCGAAAUACACGUUCGGUCUAAAAACGCAGGGGGCCAAGCCUAACAACAACCCGGCGCCAGGCGCCUACAGUCCUGAGAAGUCUGUUGAUGCGCUCACCGACACUCCCAAGUACACCUUCGGCCUGAAGUCGAAACCAGAAAAGCCCAGCAACUAUCCAGCUCCGGGAGCUUACAGCCCUGAAAAGAGCGUAGAUGCUCUGAAGGACACUCCUAAGUACACGUUUGGCCUGAAACCGAAUCUGGAAAAGCCCAGCAACACACCAGCACCCGGCACUUACGAACCCGAAAAGAGUGUGGAUGCUCUCGACUCUACACCCAAGUAUACGUUCGGUCUGAAAACGCAGGUGGAUAAACCCAGUGACACCCCAGCACCAAACGUCUACAACAUGCCUCCGGUUUUGGGCACGUCGAAGGAAGGAAACGUUCGUCAGGCGCCAUCGUUCACCAUUUCCGGCCGCACGAAGGACCCGGUGGACGAGCGGGUCAAGGUUCCCGGCCCCGGCACCUACAAUGAGGCCAACGUCGAGCAGUACAAGGCCAACAAGUCACCGUGCUACUCGAUCUCUUCGCGCCACGCGGUCAUCACCGACUCGACUCAGAUCCCCGGACCCGGCGUCUACUCUCCGGAAAAGGCUUACCAGAACGUGGUGGACACGAAACCAUCCAUCUCGUUUGGCAUCAAGCACUCUCCUUACACUGGCAACCUGAAGGGUCACGUGUACACAGUGGACAAAUACAGCAACGGCCAGGUGAACGGCUCCAGCCAGUCGGCGAACAGCACGAGCAAGACGACCAGCAGCACCAAGACUGCCAACGGCUACCGCGAGACCAUCACCACCACGACCACCACCAGCUUCGCUACCAAGGGCUCCUCUUCCCACGAGUCCUCCACUGGCAUCUAAUUCAUACCUUUCCUUUCUAAUUGACGACAGAUAAUACUUUUGCGCUGAACGUGAGAUUUUUUGCGUUUCGUUGACGCCAUAUUUUUAAAUGUAUUGUGAUUAAAAUGUUUCUUGACAAUAAGCAGAAAAACUUUGACUGUAGAUAAAUGAGCUGUCACAAAGCAGGGUUGACGCGAGAUAUUUUUAUGGAAACGCUGUGAAAAGCUUGUUGUACACUAUAUUAAACUACACAGAUAUACAUACUUAUUUAGAGGAGAGAAUCAAAAUCUUGAAAGUUACUUGGAUAAACCAUAACGUUUUAAAUGUAGUUACUAAAACUUCGUUUUUAGUCACAACUCUCAUAUAUUGACUUGUUAAACUAAAAAAUGUCUAACUUGAAGCACCCUGUUUAAUCUGCACAACAACCAAUUUAACUAGUUGUUAAACUGCCACUGAAUAUUUUGUGCUUGUAACAAAUGCCUUAAAAGGGACUGCCUUGAAUUGAAAUAAAAUCACUCGCAGCUUGCCUGACGUCAUAAGCUCUAAAUGGUCUGUUAAAAUAUUUUCAUUUAUUCUAGCUAUGAAAUACUAGGUUGUUGUUUCAAUAAAUUUUACACCAAUUUAUCAAAA